UCGCGUGCGUUUGGGUGGUGGACACAGUUCGCUCUUUCAACAACUGAAGUUUCACAAGCAUGAAGACGAAGACAUUGUUCCUCGUCGCCAUUUUCCUGCUGAGUUUUGCCUCUGGACGAACGCAGGCGUCUAAACUGGGCAGAAUCAAGAAGCAGUUGGCUGUCUACUUGAACGAGGACCCAGUGACGAAUACCUACGAAGAAAUCCUUGAAGAAGAAAGCGAGAAGGAGCGUCUCGAAGUGACCACCUCCUUCACGACCGAUCUUGAUAGAAAAUCAGCAGAAGAAGAAGAAGUAGUCCUGUCCCUACAGGACGUUCAAGGGGAAAAACCAGCGUCAGGAGAUGCCCCAACCGACAGCUACUCGAUUUCUCUCCUGACGGACAUCAGAGCCCUCCUCUACAGUCUGAGGGAAGAUAAGAACGAGGUCCAGACGCAGCAGGGGGACUACCAGAGUCUAGAGAACAUGGCACAACAGGCCCAGACGUCCGUUAGAGCCAUGGCCGAGGACGUCGAAAGAUUCAGGGCGUUCACUGACGAGAAGAUCCAACUGGUUCUGGAGACGUUCGCCACCUUGAAGCUCCUGGUCGUCAGCCAGGGCAGCCAGUUGAAAGAGGCCCUGGAACGACUGGAAAACCUGGAGGGCAGAGCGGACAUCUUGGAGAGCCAGGUAUCCGAAGCCCAGACGCCCCUCGGACAGACUAGGACCAGCGAGAGGUUCGGAGGACAGAGACCAGGGGCCGAGGCUUCUUCUACGGGCGUCACAAUCAUAAACAACAAGAUCGUCGACCUCACCAGGACGGUAAACACGCUGCAGAAGGAGGUCAGGAGCCUGAGGGUCAACGUGACGGAGUUGGUGGCCCUAUUCCCCCAGGUGAUCACGGUCCACGAGAAACCUUCCUCCUCCACCUCGUCCCUGCUACCCUCUUCUGCUUCUGCAACUCCCACGGGAUCUCCCGCGUCGUCGGCGCCCCAAGACCACCAGUGCCAAUGCGACCUAGAGGGCGUGGAGGCGUCCAUCGAGAAGAUAGAAGAAGAGCAGGCGGCGCAGAGGAGCUUCUCUGACCAGCUGAGGAGGAACUUGACCCUCCUGACGGGGCAGGAACGCCAGAGAGUCGACACGAGUUUCACGAAUAGACUCGGGGAAGUCGAGGGGUCGCUCAGGGACCUCAACGCCAUCAGGAGGGAGGUGACCGCCGUCCAGGAGGACCUGAACUCCCUCCAUAAGGAGCUCGGGGGCGUGGCGGCGGUCAAGGGCGUCCUUGGGAGUUCCUUCGUCAGCCUGGGAAUGAAAGGCCUGUGCGUGUGGCCUUAUACCAGGUGCGGCGACAGCUGCUUCUUCAUCCAGGUCACCAAACGCCUCAACUGGAAGGCCGCGAGGGAUUACUGCAGGGUCAUUCAGGGAGACUUGGCGGCUCCGGCAUCCUUCGAUGACUUGAGGAACUUCAUCGGGAAUCAGAGAUUGAGCCGCACAUACUCCUACUGGCUGGGAGCCUCCGACUUUGAGGUGGAAGGCGCGUGGACCUGGGUGAACGGCCAGCCCCUCUUCCAGAACUCGACCCUGUGGGCGCCAAACUACCCGACCGGAAACAGCUUCUCCAACUGCCUGUCCUUCAGGCCAAACAGUCGUUACGAGAUCCUGGCCACUGACGAGGACUGCAGGAUCAAUCGGUACUUCAUCUGCCAGCAGGAGAGGCUCGUGUGAGGGUCCUUAUGGAUGGAUCCUUCGUACAAAAGUUGGUCGUUUCUCAGGAAGCUGAAGGAAGUUGGGAGGUGUCGUGGAAAACGUCUUCUCAGACGGAAGAUGCCUUUUGAGAUGUUGUUAUGUAGCUGAGCUUAUUUAUUCGUUGCCAUAUUAAUUUUCAGGGUGAUGUAGUAUAGCAUAAGUUAUUUAUUUAUUUAUCUAUAUGUAGAGAUUUCCCUUAGUGUCUGGAUGACACUAACCUCGCUCAGGGCUGACCAACUCAUCCCAAAAUGCUCCCGUCUUCCCAAGAUAGACUUACCUAUCUAUCUCUGUAAAAAAAAGCUGACCACUUGUCACUAGUGGGCCACCUUGUGUGCAAUUUUCGUCGGAAUCUUCUAUAACCUUUGGAAUGGUCUAGUUGCACUAUAGGGCUUAGCUGGUAAGUCAGCUGCUUAGUAACUUUAGAAGUUUGUCUUCAUAGCCAAACAUUGUCCUAAAAAACAACUCAGAAUCCUACAUAAACUUAUUCUGUCUACAAGACUUUGCUUAGCAUUUCCAAGACUAAACUCCCACCAGUAGCAUCUAAUGUUUCAACAAAAACUGCUGUAGUGAAUUUGGUCAAUGACAAUGACCCGCUUCUUCAAAAGACGCAUCUUGACCUCCUGAACUUUUCUGUACAACGUCACAGGUCAGAUGAUUAAGGGUAAGUGUCACAAAUAUGUAGAUUUGCUUUGCUCAGGAAAAAAAAUAAGUUUGAAAAAGCAAAUUCCUGGAGACUUUAUUCAGAAAACAAUAAUCGCUGCAAAACAAUGAUAAAAAAAAAAGAAUCUGCAAAUGUGCAAUUGAACCUAAAGUUGAAA